AUGAGUAUGAUUACUUCCAAGUCUUCAUCUAACCAGGCACUUCCACCACUCAGCUCUCUGAUGCGGGAUUGUGUACACCCACGCCCUGGGAGAAUGGAGAUUGGUAGCGAAAUCGAACAUGAAUAUCAUUCAUUUAGAGAAGGCCAACCAACUUUGAUUGAGCCUUCUCGUCUUGAAGGCUUUCAAGGAAGAUAUCCUCAACAUCUGCUACAGCAGCAGCAACAGCAGCAUAGUAGCCAUUUACUUUUACCAACUCACAACGCAAUGGCCCCGGUCCAUCUUCCCCAUGCGGAAUCACACUACCCCAAUGUCCCUGAGAUGGAGGGCAUCAGAUACGCAAUGCAGAUCAGCCCGAUAUCUCCGCGAACCCGUUGUCCUUCCCUAUCGGAAUCGAUCCUAUCAUCGACUGGCUGCACGUCCCCGGGAAGCCACAGUCCAACAACACCAGUUUCGGAGCGAGGCGCACCGGCCUAUGGCGAUGGAAGGGGUAAUGCCACCGGCUCAUCUUAUCAACAUGUCCAGCGUAAUAACCAUCGCUACCAACAAACUCACCACCACCAUCAGCAGCACCGAAUUUCAAAGUCAUACCAAUCAUCCUCCGUCCGGAUCCACGGCAGCAUUUCUCCACACUCUCUGCCUAUGAGGUCAUCUCUACCCGGAAAUUCAGAACAUAAGAAGAGUAAGCAUGAGAUACGACGCAUCAAACAUCUCAACUCCGAGAAAAAGCGUCGAGAGACCAUUAAAGAUGGUAUGGAGGCUCUAUUCAAGCUGGUACCUGAAUGCACAGACAAGGGCACGUCCAAGGCGAACAUACUGAAAAUGACCAAGGAGUUCAUCGUAGAGCUCCAUGAGGGAACCACAAGCUUGCAGAUGGAGAUUAGACGACUUGGAAAGGAGAACGAGGAUAUGCGUCGGUAUAUAAAACAGCAACAGGAGCCUCGAAAGUAUACUUGUCGCCUAUAA